AUGGACAUGUAUGGUCGCAAUCCGCCGAUGAAUGGCUCCCAAGGUCCUGAAUGGACCCCUGGAGAUGCCGACACCGGGCUCGAAGAAUCGAUGUGGCGAUUAGGGUUGGGUAGUGAAACGUCGUACCCAGAGAGACAAGGUGCGCCUGACUGUGCAUACUACAUGCGAACCGGUGUCUGUGGUUACGGUAAUAGAUGCCGUUACAAUCAUCCUCGCGAUCGUGCGACGGUUGAAGCAACGGUUAGAGCUACAGGGCAGUAUCCAGAACGUAUAGGUGAACCGCCAUGCCAGUUUUAUUUGAAGACAGGAACCUGUAAAUUUGGGGCAUCAUGCAAAUUCCACCAUCCAAAGAAUGCAGGUGGAUCCAUGAGCCACAUUCCUUUAAAUAUAUAUGGAUACCCAGUACGAGAGGGAGAAAACGAAUGCUCCUACUAUUUGAAAACGGGGCAAUGCAAAUUUGGUAUAACAUGUAAAUUUCAUCAUCCUCAGCCUGCUGGUACAACAGUUCCACCACCACCAGCAUCUGCACCUCAGUUUUAUCCAUCGGUGCAGUCUCUUAUGCCUGACCAGUAUGGAGGUCCAUCCUCUAGCUUGAGAGUUGCAAGAACUCUUCUUCCUGGUUCUUAUAUGCAAGGCGCCUACGGUCCAAUGCUUCUAACCCCUGGGGUGGUUCCUAUUCCAGGCUGGAGUCCUUACUCGACACCUGUGAGCCCUGCUCUAUCUCCUGGUGCUCAGCAUGCUGUUGGGGCAACUUCUUUAUAUGGAGUUACACAGCUCUCUUCCACCACUCCUUCGAUUCCUGGGGUUUAUCCAUCUCUGUCCUCUCCUACAGGUGUUAUUCAGAGAGAACAGACCUUUCCAGAGAGACCCGGUGAACCAGAGUGCCAAUACUAUUUGAAAACAGGAGAUUGUAAGUUUGGAACAUCUUGUAAGUUUCAUCAUCCUCGAGAUCGGGUUCCACCAAGAGCUAAUUGUGUCCUCAGCGCCAUUGGUCUUCCUCUACGCCCGGGUGUGCAACGUUGCACUUUCUACGUACAAAACGGCUUCUGUAAGUUUGGGUCAACAUGUAAAUUUGAUCAUCCAAUGGGAACCAUCAGAUACAAUCCUUCUGCGUCCUCUCUCGCUGAUGCACCGGUGGCUCCUUACCCAGUGAGCUCCCUCUUGGGUGCUCUCGCAGCCGGCCCUUCUUCUUCAUCAACUGAGCACAUAUCCGGUGCUGCAAAAGAUCCCUACUUGUCCGGUUCAAGAAGCACGUCAAACAUCUCGGCAGGUUUGAUAUUCUCCCAGAGCGGCGGCUCAAUUCCAUUCUCUGACCUGCAACUCUCAAGCCAGACCUCUCUUCCUCUAACCGGUAGCAGAAUCACAAGACAAGGGAGAGAAAUUCGUCGAUCCUUUUGA